AUGGCUGAUGAGUUGUAUGCUGAUGAUGUGAGAUGUGUGCUAUUAUUGCUGAAUGUUGUGGGAGGGAGGUGUGGCGGAUGGUGUAACACGCACGUGAAACUCCUCGCCUUCGAUCUCCUCUCUCUCACCCAAUCUCCCUCCUUCUCCCGCAGAGGAAUCCCUCUCUCACGCGUCGAAACCCUCGGCUCCGUUACCCUCCGCGACCUCAAGCCCGGCCUCUUUCUCUGCUUCGCUAUCGACGACGGCACCGGCUGCGUCCCCUGCCUGCUCUGGCUCAACAACCGCCACUCCCCCUCCGUCACCCGCCGCCACCGCCACGACCUCGCCGAGCACUUCGCCGCCCUCCUCACGCUCGGCUUCGUGGGUCGAGUCAGAGGCAGGCUCGGCUGCUACAAGGGCGCCGUGCAGGUCACCGUCUCCGACGUCAUGCUCGAGAGAGACCCCAACGCCGAGAUCCUGCACCGCGUCAAUUGCAUCUUCUUGGCUCGCAACUGUUACAAUCUUUUGCCUUCGCUGUCUUCUUCUUCUGCGCCGCCACCACCACCACCACAGAUGGCGAGGUCGUAG